AGGCGGGUAGUUGGCAGAUUGUAACCGUUCACUUCGAGGACGAGGAGAGGAGAGAGCUGUCUACAUUUCAACUCUGGGAGCGAUGGGACGCCAGCACAAAUGUAAGGAUUUGUGGAGUGACCGGGGUAAACUCAAGGGAAACUGAGUUGACUAAUCGAUAAAUGGUUACGUCUUUGACCGUGUACGGUGGAAGUGAACCAGCGAUAGUGCUCUGCAAUAUUUUCUCGCAGGACGGGAAAACUGAAAUAAUUCAUAAACCAUUACUUUUCCAUACUGUCGAAGUUCUGCUUCCUGCAUUCACUUUCGCCAGAUCCGAGCGGAGGACAACCCAUCGAACAGGAGACGAACUUCAAAAAGACAACUGACGCCUACUACCACCAAAUUCGCUGUUCGUCCUGUGGCUCGCACCGGGCACGUGCGUUUAAUGUUGGGUGAUGGCGAUAUCAGGGAGAGUCCGAGCGCUCCUGUCAUUGUUAUGGGUUUUUCAAGGUGACUCCCAGCGGGUGGAGAUGCCCAGGAGAGAGAGAGAGGUGGUGAAGGGUCAGAUGGUAGUCCUACAGGCCUGGUACAGCCCCACAUCUGAUAUUGGCAGGAACAGCGUCAUCUGGAACUUCAUGGCAAACGACUCCAAGCAGGUCAUCUCCUACAGUAAUGGUGAGCCAGGGAUAGGUAGUCCUGAGUUCAGGAAGCGUGUUGGGUUCAGCCUGUCCAUGCCUUCGUCCAAUCUCUCCAUCUACAUCAACAACACCCAGGAGUCAGACUCCGGACGAUACCUCUGCAAUGUCAUCAUCCCUGGAGCCGCCGGUCUCUCUGGAGAAAUGCGCCUCAAUGUCAAAGUCCCUCCCUCGCCUCCAGUGUGCACGAUGACUGGGUCAUCUGUGCUGAAUGGCAAUGUGACACUAAGCUGUAAGUCCAGUUCGGGCGAACCCAUCCCUCAUUACAAAUGGACCAAGAAUGCCCCCAUGUCAGAGGUCUUCUUUUCCCCCAUGCAGAAUGAGAGGCAAGGUACCCUCAGGUUGAGUAACCUCACUAAGAGCAUGUCAGGGAAAUAUGUGUGCCGAGCUAGCAACACUGCCGGUUCUGACACUUGCUCUAUCAACCUGGAGGUCUUCACCUCCUCUAAUUCUGGAGCGAUUGCUGCUGCUACUCUGGGGUCCAUCGUGGGACUGGUAGCCAUCAUACUCUUCCUCAUCUUCAUGCUGAGGAGGAGAGACCACGAAGAGGAGAUAGCCAAUGAUAUCAAGGAGGAUGCCCAGGCACCCAAGCGUGUUUCCUGGGCAAAGAGUGGCACAGGCUCAGACAUCAUCUCCAAAAAUGGCACGCUGUCAUCCAUAGCCACUAGCCCCCAUCCGGGAGACCCCCAGCAGCUCAAAAACUUCCCCCACCCCACUGCACCGGCCUCUGACACAGGCUCUGUGCUCAACGCCUACCGCCUUCGGCCUGGAGAGCUCAACCCCCUGCAGGGCCUCCCAGGGUACAUCAGUGGCACACUUCCACCCAGGCACACCAGACCCCUCUGUGUUGCUAACAACAUUGAUGCCACCUAUCCACAAGGGUACAGUCGACCCCCCAGUUCUAACCACAUCAGUGGGACUCCACCCCCUGGCCACACCCGGCUCCUCAGCACUAGUAUCAUUGUUGACACUCCUCCCCAUGGGUUCAGUCAACCACCCAGUUUUAACCAUGUUGGUGUCACCUCUCCACAUGGGUACAGCAGACCCCAUAGUUCUAACAACAUUGGUGCCCCCUCCCCCCAGGGGCACAGUCGACCCCCAAGUUCUAACAAUAUCGGCGCCCUCUCUCCACAUGGGCACAGCAGACAACCAAGCUUGAACCAUAUCAGUGGCAGCUCUCCACACAGGCACAGCCAACCCCCCAGUUCCAACCACAGCCGACCCCCCAGCAUCAGUAGCAUGCCUCACUAUGGACACAGCAGAUCCUCCAGUUCUAACGGUGCCCCACCUCGAUCCCAUUCCCCACCUGGCCACAUGGUCACAGACCCCGACAAGACUGAGAGGGCCCAGCCCCAGGUACCACGCCCUCUCACCUCGCCCAUCAGCUCCACCACCCUGGCCUGUAUGGGGGCUGUGCCCGUCAUGGUGCCCGCUCAGAGCCAGGCUGGAUCACUGGUAUAGCCCACUGGAGGGUCUCCCGUUUCACUACUGAACACAAACUGAAGCAAAUGGAUAAAGACUUCCUCAAAGGAAGAUUGCAGAGUAGAGAUGGAUUUGCUUGGAAUUUUUUGGUGAUCGUUCAAAAUGAUGUUCGGAGUAGAAAGAAGAGCUCAUGCUGACGAAGACACUUGUGGAAUCUCCUGUAUUCAAGUCUGCACAAGUUCAAAGACUUAAUUGAUUUGUUUUUAUUCUUUUAGCUGUUUUCAAAUAUUUUUUGCUAAAUAAAUGUUUUUGCUUUUAUUUGCCAUGCUCAGAUUCUUUAAGGUUAAGACGAGGCCUAUUCUAGAUUCUUUAAGGUUAAGACCAGGCCUAUUCUAUAUUCUUUAAGGUUAAGACCAGGCCUAUUCUAUAUUCUUUAAGGUUAAGACCAGGCCUAUUCUAUAUUCUUUAAGGUUAAGACCAGGCCUAUUCUAUAUUCUUUAAGGCCUUUUAUAAACUGGGUGGUUCGAGCCCUGAAUGCUGAUUGGCUGGCAGCCGUGGUAUAUCAGGCCGUAUUUCUUUUUACUGCUCUAAUUACGUUGGUAACCAAUUUAUAAUAGGAAUAAGACACCUUGGGGGUUUGUGGUAUAUGGCCAAUAUACCAUGGCUAAGGGCCAUAUCCAGGCACUUUGCAGCUUGCAUAAGAACAGCCCUUAGCCUUGGGAUAUUGACCAUAUACCCCCCCCCCCCCCCUCGGGGGCUUAUUGAUUCUCUAAAACACCUUUUUUUAGCAAGUUGUUUGCGAAGACGUUGAAUCGAGAUGCAGUGCAUUUGGAAAGUAUUCAGACUUUUCCACAUUUUAUGUUACAGCCUUAUUCUAAUGUAUCCUCAUCAAUCUACACACAAAACCCCAUAAUGACAACGCAAACAGGUUUUUUGAAAUUUUUGCAAAUGUAUAUACAUUUUUUUUACAUAAAUACCUUAAGUACUCAGACCCUUUGCUAUGAGACCCUAAAUUGAGCUCAGGUUCCAUCAUGUUUCCAUUGAUCAUUCUUAAGAUGUUUCUACAACAUGAUUACAUGUGGUAAAUUCAAUUGAUUGGACAUGAUUUGGAAAGGCACACACCUGUCUUUAUAAGGUCUCACAGUGCAUGUCAGAGCAAAAACCAAGCCAUGAGGUCGAAGGAAUUGUCCUUCGAGCUCUGAGACAGGAGUGUGUUGAGCCAGAUCUGAGGAAGGGUAGGUACAAAAAAACAUUUCUGCAGCAUUGAAGGUCCCCAUCAUUCUUAAAUGGAAGAAGUUUGGAAUCACCAAGACUUUUCCUAGAGCUGGCCGCCUGGCCAAACUGAGCAAGCAGGGGGAGAACGGCCUUGGUCAGGGAGGUGUCCAAGAACCCGAUGGUCACCCUGACAAAGCUCCAGAGUUCCUCUGUGGAGAUGGUUGUCCUUCUGGAAGGUUCUCCCAUCUGCAGCACUCCACCAAUAAGGCCUUUAUGGUGGAGUGGCCAGACGGAAGCCACUCUUCAGUGAAAGGCAAAACAGCCCACUUGGAGUUUGCCAAAAGGUACCUAAAGACUCUCAGACCAUUAGAAACCAGAUUCUCUGAAACCAUGAUUGAAAUAUUUGGCCUGAAUGCCAAGCGUCACGUAUGGAGGAAACCUGGCACCAUCCCUACGGUGUAGGAUGGUCAUUGCAGCAUGAUGUGGGGAUGUUUUUCAGUGGCAGGGACUGGGAAACUAGUCAGGAUCAAGGGAUAGAUGAACAGAGCAAAGUACAUAGAUCCUUGAUGAAAACCUCCAGAGCUCCCAUCCAACAUGAGAGUUUAAGAGGAUCUGCAUACAAGAAUGGGAGAAACUCCCCAAAUACAAUUGUGCCAAGCUUGUAGCUUCAUACCCAAGAAGACUCUAGGCUGUAAUCGCUGCCAAAGGUGCUUCAACAAAGUACUGAGUAAAGGGUCUGAAUACUUAUAUAAAUGUGUUAUUUUUUUAUUUUAUUUUUUAUACAUUUGCAAACAUCUGUUUUUGUAUGUAGAUUGAUAUUUGGGGGGGGGGGGACGACAAUAUCUAUUUUAGAAUAAGGCUAACAUAACAAAAUGUGGAAAAAGUCGAGGUAUGAAUGCUUUCCAAAUGCACUGUAUUUGACAGGUUUCACUUAUACAUUGUGUAAAAUUGUUAUGCCAGUUAUUGAUAAGGGAGGUGUUGUCUGGAGAGCAUAUGUUCGAGAACGCACUUCACUUCCCAUAGUGAUGGGUUCAACAUUUAACUUCACACACACGCAAAUACCUGAUAUACAGUAAAGCACACUCCCUUAGUCCUCCUUGACACAGUCUUCUUUUCAGGCCAACUGUUCAUGUUGAGUUGUUACAACUCCAGUAAAACCUGCCAUACAUGCUCUAUCCAGGUAUUUUAUAGAAUUUCAAUACUAGAAAUGUUUAAAGCAUUGAGCCAUACUUGUACAUGUAUCUAAUAAGAAAAUAUUGUGGUUUUAUCACAUUCAUGUAUACUGAGAAUAUAUUCAUCUUAAAUAGGUAGUUGGAAUGUAUAAUUCAUUGAUAAUGCUAGGCUGUGUUUGUUCAAUGGCUGAGAUUUCUGGGCUUUAAAUAUUCUUCCCUUGACUGCACUGGGCCUUUGAGUUAUGUGAUUUUCCUGUUCUGAGGUUGGAAUAAUACUGUGAAAUUGAUCAUUGCCAUUCAGUGUAAGAGCUUUUUUUUGUUGCAUCGAACAAGAAUUUCCAUCACAGGUACAUAAUUGUUACCCAGAAAUAAUUUGAUAAAAGGUCCAAUGCAGCCGUUUUAACACUUUAAA